AUGCGGAUCCGUUAUCCGUUCGCAGGAGCCUUUGUCUUCCUGAUCAUUCUCGCUGGCUACAUUGGUCUUCUUCCACACAGUGCCUCUUCAUCAAUUCCCACAAAUUUACAACCAAAUGACAAAUUUCUCCACCUGCUUACCUUCUUCCUUUUGUCGCUGACAUUCUACUGGGUGAUCGACACCACCCGACGACGGACUUUGCAUUUGACUCUCCUGGUCUGCACCCUUGGCCUCAGUGUUGGCUCUGAAAUAGUUCAGGCUUUCUUGCCUAAUGACCGUGCCUUCGAUCCAUUUGACAUUGUCGCCAAUGUGGUCGGAAGUCUCGGCGCCGUUGGUCUGUGCGGCUGGUAUCAUCGCCGCAUGCUCGAGCGCCGCCGGAAGAGCCGCUUUGGAAUGACGGAGGGAGGCGAGGAUGUUGAGCUCGGGACUGGGAUAGGAGACCAUUCUGCGCGCGACGAGGAUGCCCUCGGUCCGCAGGAAUCCGGGGUCAUGUCCCUGGAGCGAGAAGUGGAUACUUGGGACGAGAACGCUGUUGACAACUGGGAUACCGAGGAUGGACCCGGGCCAUCUGAACCCUCGACAUCGCCUCCAAGUUAUGCGAGCGCUGCGAGCGGUGUGCCCAUCUUGGAACCUAUAGGGAAGCGCAGUGAUUAA